CCCUCGCCUCCCCGCCCCAAGCGCGGCCAGAGGCGAGCGCGGCUGCCGGGCCCUGGGCAGAGGGGCAGGGAGGCAGCCGCCCGCCGCCGGCUGCGCAGCGGGACUAUGAAGAGGCGCCUCCGCCGCCUGCCGCCGGCCCCGCUUCGGCCCGGGGGACACGGGCGUCUUCCAGCCGCACGUGUGUAGCCGCCACGGGCUUUGCAUAGCCCCCCCCGCGCGUGUGUGUGUGUAUACGUGUGUGCGAGUGUACUUAAACGUGUGCCCCGUGUGUGCAUGCGCGCACUUGUGCUGAGCGGUCGUGUGUGUGUGUGUGUGUGUGUGUGUGUACGGACACGUGUGCUGCGAGAGCCGGGGGUGCGCUGUUUGUGUGCAUGCGUGUGCGCACACGUGUGCCGUGAGUGUGCACGCGUGUGCGGCGAGUGUGUGUGUGUACCUAUCCGUGUGCUGGGAGUGUGCACCGUGUGCGUACAUAGAGGUGCGCAGUGAGGGUGCACGCGUGUAGUGUGCGCGGUGAGUGUACACAGCCGUGUGCUGUGCGGACGUCUAGGUGUGCUGUGCGUGUGUACGGUGAGUGCGCGCUCCGUGUGUGUGUGUGUACAUAUACGCGUGGUGUGUGCGGUGAGCGUGCGCGGUGUGUGUGCAUACGCGUGCUGUGUGUGGUGUGUGCGGUGAGUGUGUGUGUACAUCCGUGUGCCGUGCGGGCGUGUGCUGCAUGCGCGCGCGUGUGUGAGCGCGGCGGGGCCGAGGCGAGGGCCGGGGCCGGCGGAUGCGGCCCCCCGCCGGCGGCCGGCCGGGCGCGGCGCUGAGGGCGAUGGAGGGCGCGGAGCCGGCGGGCGGCCCCCCGGAGCGGAGCGCGGAGGAGCCGGCGGCGGGCGAGGCCCCCGCGCCCCGCAAGCAGCAGGGUGUGAAGCGGCACCACCACAAGCACAACCUGAAGCACCGCUACGAGCUGCAGGAGACGCUGGGCAAGGGCACGUACGGCAAGGUCAAGCGGGCCCUCGAGCGCUUCUCGGGCCGAGUGGUUGCAAUAAAAUCCAUUCGUAAGGACAAAAUUAAGGAUGAACAAGAUAUGGUUCACAUCAGGCGGGAGAUUGAGAUCAUGUCAUCCCUCAGCCACCCCCAUAUCAUCACUAUAUAUGAAGUGUUUGAAAACAAAGAUAAAAUUGUGAUAAUCAUGGAGUAUGCGAGUAAAGGUGAGCUGUAUGAUUACAUCAGUGAGAGGCGGAGACUAAGUGAGAGAGAGACAAGACACUUUUUUCGGCAAAUCGUCUCUGCUGUACAUUACUGUCACAAGAAUGGUGUUGUGCAUAGGGACCUCAAAUUGGAAAACAUCCUUCUUGAUGACAAUUUUAACAUUAAGAUUGCAGACUUUGGGCUUUCCAACCUUUAUCACAAAGACAAGUUUUUGCAGACCUUCUGUGGAAGCCCACUUUAUGCCUCCCCUGAAAUUGUUAAUGGAAGACCUUACCGAGGCCCAGAGGUUGAUAGCUGGGCCCUAGGUGUAUUGCUUUACACGCUGGUAUAUGGAACGAUGCCCUUCGAUGGCUUUGAUCACAAAAAUCUAAUCAGGCAGAUCAGCAGUGGAGAAUAUCGUGAGCCAACACAGCCCUCAGAUGCUCGUGGUCUGAUCAGGUGGAUGCUGAUGGUGAACCCUGAGCGCCGAGCAACCAUUGAAGACAUAGCCAAUCACUGGUGGGUUAAUUGGGGCUACAAGAGCAGCGUUUGUGACUGUGAUGCCAUGAGGGACUCAGAGUCCCCACUGCUGGCUAGGUUUAUUGAUUGGCAUCACCGUUCUACUGGUCUCCAGCCAGAGACUGAUACCAAAAUGAAGUGCCUUUCCAAACCCAAAGGUUCUGAGGUCAUGCUAGAGCAACAGAGAUCUCUGAAAAAAUCAAAGAAGGAAAAUGACAUUGCACAAUCUGUCCAGGAUGGAGGGGCUGAAAAUGCAUCCAAGCCAACCUCCAAGAGACCCAAAGGCAUCUUGAAGAAAAGGAGCAACAGUGAGCAUCGGUCUCACAGUGCAGGGUUCAUUGAAGGAGUGGUCAACCCAGUGUUACCUUCCACUUUUAAGUUAGAGCAAGAACUGUGUAGGACUGGUGUUGCCAUUAAAAGCGUUGUGGAGGGAGACGUAGGAGGCAAAUAUGGCACUAAACAAUCUUCCCUAAUGCCAAAAAAAGGAAUCUUGAAGAAGACUCAGCAGCGAGAAUCUGGAUAUUACUCCUCUCCAGAACGGAGUGAAUCUUCUGAACUUUUGGACAACAAUGAUGAAACAGAAAACAAUGACAUUUCCCCUGGUGUCGCUGAAACAUCAAGAAUUGGGUCUCACAGCCACUCCUAUAGGCGUAAGGGCAUCUUAAAACAUAACAGCAAGUAUUCCACUAGCAGCACUGAGUCAGCUUUGGUCAGCCCUGACACACCUACGCUGGAAGCCAUGGAGGAAGUGGUACUGCCUGGGGAUGGCCUAUCUCGAAGUUACAGUCGCCCUUCUAGCGUGAUCAGUGAUGACAGUAUUCUGUCCAGUGACUCCUUUGACUUGCUGGAUUUGCAAGAGAAUAGGCCAAACAGGCAGAGGAUACGGAGCUGUGUCUCUGCUGAAAACUUCCUCCAGAUCCAAGAUUUCGAAGGACUCCAGAAUCGCCCACGACCACAGUAUCUGAAACGCUAUCGAAAUCGCCUGGGGGACAGCAGUUUUUCCCUUCUCACAGACAUGGAUGAUGUGACUCAGGUUUACAAGAAAGCGCUAGAGAUCUGCAACAAGCUCAAUUAGCAGAGUGAAGAUGGUGAGGAGGGAAGGGAGUUGUCUUGUGUACCUUUAUGAUGGAGUUAGCCAGGUUACCUAUUUGCUGACAGUGAUAGUGUUUUCAAAAUGGGUGUGAAUGUGCCUACUCAGCUGAUACCCUUGAAAUAUAUAUAAAUCAACCCCAAAUCAUCUCAUGAUCAUUAUGCAAACUCUCUUCCCAUUGGUAUUAUCAAAAUACUACCUAGUUGCUCCCCCCCACCAAACUCUUUUUACAUGUGAUGUAAACAUAUCAGGAUUGAGCAGCCAAAGACAGAACAAAAUCCAAAAUGGCUGGAAAUGGAAGCUAGACUGGAAAUAAGUCAGACAUUUUGAACAGCAAUGAUUAGUAAUCGUGACAGCAGCGCUACAAAAGUAUGUGGUAGAAUCGUCACCACUUUGAAAUCUUUGAAUUGACAUUAACUAUCCUUUGAAAAAGAUACGCUUUAAGUUGAGCCUGAAAUGAUUAUACUCAAUGAAGGAAUUGCAGGUGAAUAUUUAGAUAGACUGAAUUAUGUAGGAGGCCAGACUAGAUGUUUGCAGUGUUACCUUCUGGCUUUAAAAUCUAUGAGUUACUGAACUUGUUAUGGGACGGGGACCUUUACAUAGUCACCCUCAGUACAUGGUGGACAUUACCAAAAAUGUUUGAAGCAUAGGGCUUAAGACUCAGAUUUUAUAUAUACCAUGAGAUUGCUGUUCAUUAUUAAGGAGCAUAUAUUCUUUCUUGCCAUCAACUCUGUGAAAAAAUACAGCAACUGAAAAAGUAGUCUGAGCUAAAAGAUGUACAUUUUAAGAGGCUAGUUGAUGUCAUUCCUUUGAUUUAUGAGAUUUGUGACGUUUUCCAGAUUGCCAGUCAAACAAAUACUUAGGAAGAGGUAUGUAAUAAGUUCUCUCAGGGGUUAAAUAAAUAUGAUUUCUAUAUGCCAGUCAUUAUCACUGUCAACAAAUGGUGCCACUUUGCUAUUAGCAUGUAAAAUCAGAGAGUGGUGGAUAGUUUGCCUCUAGAAUGUUAGCUUAAGAGAAGGCUAUAGCAUGUAGUAAGUGGACAGAGGUCUGAGUGUCAGAAGAAUGUGCCUUUCUCCAAAUAAGAGUGUUUCUAAGUAGGUAGUAAUGGAACAGAAGGAUUUGGUAUAUGAGCACUGAAAUAACAGUAGACUUAAAGGAUUUGGUGUGAAAAUGCAGGUAGCUCCGUGUGUAUUAGUAGAUGGUACUGCUUAAGCAAUGGUAUUAGAAAUGGUAUUGAAAAGGGGAAGGAUAUGUAGAUGUAUCCUUAGACAUAUCUAAGUAUCUAGACUAAAGGCUUCAACUCCCAUAAAGGUACCACGUGGGUCUACUGGAUUACCUGAAUGUAAGCCUAUGUUAGAAAGGCGCGCUAUGUGUUUGACAGGCCUGGGCAAACUGGAGUCUUAUGGAUAUUAUUUUGGAUCUCAUUUAGCCAAUGGCCCUUGGUUUCACUGGGUAGCAGUGAGACUAAAGGCAGAUUUUGGUAAAUCACAUCAAAUUGGAUACAGAUCUAAAAGUCUGAACAAACAGCCCCAUCAACCAAUCAUGCAAGCAAAAGGUAACAGGGUAGAUUUUGAUUGCUUUUUAUCCCCAUGACUUCAGUUGAAACAGAAUUUGGCCCAUCAUCUCUGGGCCUGGUCUAAAAUCCUAAAAGCCAUUGGGAAAUAGUGCUCAAGAGAUUCCUUUUGGGCUUCUCUGAGAUUCUGCAACACCAUCUCAAACAGACAGAAGCUGUUUCCCAGCUGAAAUCUUUAUUGUGCCAUGGUCUUUCACUUUGUUGGUGCUUUCUUAAAAACCAGAUGGAUUAGCUAGCGUAAAGACAAACUCCUGAAUCAACUCAUCUGUCUUUAGGGAUGAUACAUCUCGACUGUCUCCAUCAUUAGACACUGGGCCAAAUUCAGCCCUUGUGUAAAUGACAUUAAGUAUCAUGAAAUCCUGGAGAGAGGUGCUUCCAGGCAGCAAAGCUAACUUUGACUCACUUUUAUAAGCAGUGGAAUGUCAGUCCACUUCUGCAUGACACACACCUUUUAGUGUGAUGCUGAAACAUCCUUUUAAAACCCUUAUUACAUGGGUUUUUGCCCCUCCACAGUGAAUGUGCUGUUUUGCAGGGUACAAAACUAACAGGUUUGCUAUGUCCUCUUACUUCAGGUAGAGUCUGUAGUGUUUCAAAAAUUUAGGUGAGUUUUCCAGUCAUGGUCAGAAGACACUCUUUAAUUCUGUACUCUGGAGAUAAGUGCCAAAACCUCAGCUGGCGUAAAUCAGCACAGCUCCAUUGACCCAAUGGAACUUGACUUCAGUAGAAUUGCCCUGACUGACCAGCAGUUAAUCUGGCUCUAAAUGUUUAAUUGAUAUAUAUACAUUUAAAGAUGAUGGAAGUGGGACUCAGCAUGACCUUGUGGGGAGCAUAGUGCCAUUCAGAAGGCUCAGAUUUACCUACGCAUUUGCCCAGGCCUGCUGUCUUGUGUACAAAUGUGAAUGAAUGAUUGACUGCUUGCUGCCAAACUGGAAAUGUUAAGUAGGGAUUUACUGGCAUGUUAUCAUUCCUAGAAGAAAUGGAAAAAAAAAACAAAAACAAAAAAACUUGACUGCACAUUGUUAUUAUUAGUGUUGUGAUUUUUAUUUAAUUUUUUUGUAUUACAAAGUUGACUUUUUUAUUUGAAUUUGUCUUUUUUUUAUUUAUUGGUCUGAAAGCCAUUUCAAAGGUAUAAUAAUAUAUUUGGUGUAAUUUAAUUGGUUCAACAUUACAGCUCUGGCCAAAAUUGUCUGGUGAUUUGUUUUUUUCUUUUUUCCCACACAUUGGUUGGUUUGAGCUUUUACAAGGCACACAGGGAAAAAUGCUGGAUAAUCACCCAAAGUGUUUGUAUUUUUAAUCAAUACUGUUUUUUUAUUAAAUAAAAAUGAACUUAAUGUAA